UGCAAUGUUGUGAUUUAGGAAAGAACGUUGCUUUUUGUCCUUUUAAUCGCUAUAAUUAAGUACAAAUAAGUCCUCAACAUGCGGUUACUUCAGUGGCCAGUGGUUUUGCGAAGAUUUGCCGGCUUCCAACGAAGGAGGCAUCUCUGUAGUUCCGCCAGUGAUGCAGUGGCAUCCCGUGAGCUCACCUCGGAAAUGAAGCUGCAAAUAGAAGAACGGUGGCAGAAUAAGCUCGGAGAUAGUCGCUUCGAUCCGUCGGCUACCGACAAAGCGAAACGCUACGUACUGGCGAUGUUUCCUUAUCCGUCCGGCAAUCUGCACAUGGGUCACGUCCGGGUGUAUACCAUCAGCGAUGCGAUGGCCCGGUUCUAUCGGUUAAACGGCGCCAAUGUGUUGCAUCCGAUGGGCUGGGAUGCAUUCGGUUUACCGGCGGAAAAUGCAGCAAUCCAGCGAUGCAUUCCAGCGGACAAGUGGACACAGCGUAACAUAGCGGAGAUGCGUAAACAGCUCGAGAUGUUGGCGUUCAGUUUCGAUUGGGAGCGCGAGUUUGCUACGUGCGACCCUUCGUACUACCACUGGACACAGCAACUGUUCCUGAUGCUGUUCAAGGACGGCCUGGCGUAUCAACGGGAGGCGCAGGUGAACUGGGACCCCAUAGAUCAGACGGUGCUCGCCGAUGAGCAGGUGGACGAUAAUGGGUGCUCAUGGCGCUCCGGCGCCAAAGUGGAGAAGAAGGUACUGCGUCAGUGGUUCAUAAAAACGACACGCUUCGCGAAACCCUUGCUGGAAGGACUCAAUGAUCCGAGUUUGGAGGAUUGGAAGGAUAUCAUAAAGUUGCAGCGGCACUGGAUAGGCGAGUGUGAAGGAUACGCCUUCGAGCUUCCACUAGCGGACGAUGCGAAGGGAGCGAGCAUUUCGAUUUGGACCCGAGAACCAACCGAUCUACGAAAGGCUUUGUUCAUCGCCUUACAUCCAAGCAACCUGCUUAACACCAGCAAAGGCAACGAUUGCGUACUGAAGGUGGAAUGUGAGAAUCCUUUCACUGGCCGCCGAUUACCGGUGAUAGUAACCGAGAAUGUCCCAUUUGCCGAAGGCUGCGAUACUUACCUAGCCGUUGAUAGCGAGGAGAAUCGUAAAAUAGCCCAAGCCAUUGGAUUGAAAAAGAGCGAUCUGAAUGGAAACAACGAUGGAAAUGGACUGUCUAAUGAUGAAAUCCUCUCGAAAGCGCUUUCGACGCGCAUAGGAGGCCAUGCCGUUAGCUCCAAGCUACGUGAUUGGCUAAUAUCCCGGCAACGGUUCUGGGGUACACCAAUUCCAAUCAUCCACUGUCCUAGUUGUGGACCUGUGGCUGUACCGGAACAGGAUCUUCCCGUGCGGCUACCGACGGAUUCUGUAGGUGUUCCGCUAGCUCAGAACGCGGAAUGGCUGCGGGCGGAGUGUCCUUCCUGUAAACGUACCGACUGCCAGCGGGAAUCCGAUACGAUGGAUACGUUUGUCGAUAGUUCGUGGUAUUUCCUACGGUUUGCCGAUCCUCACAACAGCAAGGCAAUGUUCGAUCGAUCCGCUGCACACCAUCUAAUGCCGGUGGAUCUGUACGUUGGAGGGAAGGAGCACGCCGUGCUGCAUCUGUACUACGCACGCUUCGUAGCGCAUUAUCUCCACAGUAAAGGGCUGCUUUCCGCGGCCGAACCCUUUAAACGUUUACUCGUACAGGGCAUGGUUAUGGGACGAUCGUACCGUGUGGUCAGUAACGGGAAGUAUAUCCCCGCAGCCGAGGCCGAGAUCGUGGACGAGAAGAACAGUAAGGCGAUCGAGAGGGCGACUGGUGAACCGGUGACGCUGCUGUGGGAAAAGAUGUCGAAAUCCAAGCUUAACGGAGUCGAUCCACUAGAGGUGCUGCGUCAGCAUGGUUGCGAUACUUUGAGGCUCAUUUUGCUGGCCGAUGUUGCUCCUACCUCUCACCGGAAUUGGUCUGAAGCAACCUUUCCUGGUAUUUUGAACUGGCAGAAACGAAUCUGGAUGACGAUGUACGAUUUCCGUGAAAUACGUUCGAAACUGACCGUUGGUGAAGGCCCUCCGUCGACGGAAGAGUACAAACAGCACGAACACCAACUGUGGGAUGCCAGGAAUUACUUCACGGCCGGUGCAACGUUCAACUAUCGCCACUCGCAUCAACUGAGCGUCGGUAUAUCGAAGAUGCAGGGACUAACGAAUGCGAUUCGUCGGGUACCACCGGAGGUGAUUGCCUUUAGUCGCCAGUAUGAGCUUGCUUUGGCAGCCCAGAUUCUGAUGCUAGCUCCGAUGGCACCACAUUUUGCUGCAGAGCUGUGGCAACAGUUUCUUACGGUGCCGAACCGGGCGACGCAGGAUACGGAGAGUGACACGGUAAUCAGGUGGAACGGUGGUGUGUUCGAUCAACGGUGGCCCGAAAUCGAUCAGGACUUUCCACUCGACUUAACGUUUAAGAUCAACGGUGCCGAGUGCUGCAUUCUUAAGAUUCCGGCCAAACGGUUCAAUGUACUCACGCACCAGGAAUCGCUCGACAUAGCACUGAAGCAGGAACCGAUUCUCAAGCUGAUAGGCAAGCGGCCACUACGAACCAGCGAGUUCACGCUCUAUCCGAGCUGUGAAGCCUUCCUCGCAGUGGAACUUGAUCGUGCUUUGAGCAGUGAUGGGGAAGUGGUUAAAGACAAGAAGGAAAAGAAGGAAAAGAAACACAAGAAGAAAAAGUCGCUACAAGUGGUGCACAUCGGUUGAAGGAAUGUUCGAAUAAACAAAGUGUUCU